AUGUUUCAUCAAGCUCUGUUUUUGAUAAAAUGGUAUCAAGUGGUAUAUAUUCCGAACUCAUCAAAUAAUUUGGGACCUACUGUGUCAAGUUGUGCAAUAUCUGUUGUAUUUUUAGUAUAUGUGGUCGCAAUUCAAAGCCUGUCAUCAAAUAUUUAUAUCAAGUCAACACUAAUGACGCCAAUCAACCUAAUCAACUAUUUUAUGAAUAUCAUUAAUUCGCUCUGGCCAAGCAAUUAUGAUAGAAAUAAAAUAAUUUUAGGAAGAGAAGGUAAAAACACUGAAGCUUUCGUAAUUAUUGACCAAAUUAGGGAAUAUCAAAAAUCACCACUUCUGGAAGUCCACUAA